AUGAAACCCCCCGUCUCCCCUUCGAGGAAUGCCAUUCGCAACAAAUCUCGACCGCAAUCGCAAUCACCCACACCACCUUCAGCAAAUGAAUUCCGCAAGAUCAAGGCACAGUUGUCCAGCGCGAAGGCUCUGGCGGCGGCGGAGGACGAGGAGGAAGCACAGAACGCUGCUGCAGCUGCUGUAAGGCGGAUAACGCAGGGUGCUCCGAUGGGCGAGGAGGGCACGGGUGCAGCUGGACAUGCGGCCAGCGAGGAAAGGCUCAUGGACUCCGCCAAGGAAAGAGAUGCGCGGAGGAAUAAAUUGAAGGAGAGCGUGUUCAAGAUUGAGCAUGCGGGGGUUCUGGGGGUUCUGGGGGUGGAUUUUUACGCUGGCUCGAAUUUUGCUGGCACCGCCAUCGACGAGGAUAACAUGAUCGCGCAACUACAUAGUGCAGGGAAACGAGUCGUACAUUUGGGAGAUGAUACAUGGCAAUCGCUAUUUCCAGACCUCUUUGAAGCGAAUCUCUCACGCCCGUACGAGUCGUUUAAUGUCCGCGACCUACACACGGUCGAUAACGGGGUGAUAGAGCACCUAUUCCCGCUCCUGCAUGCGGAAAACGCGACGAAGUGGGAUGUUAUCGUUGGCCACUUUCUCGGUGUUGACCAUGCAGGACAUCGGUACGGGCCAAAUCAUGCUGCGAUGGCGGCUAAGUUGCAACAGAUGGAUCGGGUCAUACGCGAUGUCAUGAGGUCCAUUGAUGAGUCGACUUUGCUUGUUGUCAUGGGGGAUCACGGAAUGGAUGGUAAGGGUGACCAUGGCGGCGAGUCGGACGAUGAGGUCGAAGCGGCCUUGUGGAUGUAUUCGAAGCGCACGGGCGUCUUUGGGCGGACGAAUGAUAUGAUCCUGGAACCUCCGCGGACGGCAAAGGAGCGGCCAAUCCCGCAGAUUGAUCUUGUGCCGACGCUGGCGUUGCUACUGGGAAUUCCCAUCCCCUUUAACAACCUUGGAUCACCUAUCGAGGAGGCCUUUUCUGCCGCGGGUGGUCGCGACUUGACAAACUUGGUCCGCGUCAAUAGGCUUGCAUCGGCGCAGAUUAAACGUUACCAGCAUGCGUAUGCGCUUGCGAGGGGCGCUGAUGAGACGCAUCCUUCCGGACCCUUGGGGAUCUGGUCUCGUGCGGAAGAAGACUGGAAUUCCAUGUCUCAGCAUCCGCAUCCGAGACGCGGGUCUGAUCGAGAUCGGCUGAUUUUAGGAGCAUACAAGUCGUACCGCGAGUAUCAGCGGGAUACGCUGCAUCUGUGUAAGAGUCUGUGGACUCGAUUUGACAUCCCCAGCAUGAUUCAAGGGAUCCUGAUUUCCUUUGCUGGUCUUAUCCUAUUGCUAUGCUAUGCUCGAGGGAUCCGUGGUGACCGCACUGAUCUUUCCUUCCCCACGCUCCGGCGGAUUGGAGUUGGCUCUGGAAUUGGUGUAAUGGGUGGUAUGAUAUUAACAGGAAUGCGGAUUGUCCAAUUAUCCCGCGUUGAAGGGCUCGUGUUUGGGAUAGCUGUGGGCGGAAUUUGUGCUGCGUUGUCAACGGUUUUAUGGGUUCCAAAACGGAUCGUUUCGCCCAUGGCGAAUUCGCUCUGGGCAUGGCUUGCGAUAAUAUUUACGGUGUUGCAGUCUAUCGGGUUUUCAUCCAACUCAUUCACCAUCUGGGAAGACGAGAUAUUAUUGUUCUUCCUAACGACCUUUGGCGUCGUGGCUGCGCUAUCUUCAUUGCGUCAGAAGAAUACGGAAGCUAGGGUACUUGGCUUUUACCAUUCUAUCGUCUUUGUUGUUCUCGGCAGAAUAGCGUCUUUCUCCCGUUUGUGUCGCGAAGAACAGAUGCCCCUUUGUGUCUCGACGUAUUACGCCUCGUCAACGUCAUCUACAUCUGCCUGGUGGCAUCUACUUAUCCUGUUCUUACUAGCAUUAGUUCUUCCGUCCGUCAUCCGUUCUUACUACCAAGGCUCCAAGUCAUACGAAGGCUCUGCAGUAUUCUGGAUCGGCAUCGCCUUCCGCACUGGCCUCUUCAUCGUCGCCGCCUUCUGGACUCUUGACGCCGCUGACGAUGGUGACUGGUUCCCUGCCCUACCUAAAUCCAUAGUUAAAACUACCCGCGUUACUCUCGCUCAGGUCGUCCUAGCCAUCGCUUUCGCCGCUGGCACCACUACCUUUGGCUGGGCCAAACCUUGUGUCAGCAUCUCCAUGACCCCCAACACCGACACCAACGUCAACAGCCCUGUAGCACCCGCCUUGCAACCACCCCCAUCAAAAACAAUAGUGACAAUCCUCGGCUACGCCAAUGUCCACGGCACCCGCUACUCCCUGCUUCUCAUAAACUUCGCCCUGGCUAUAAUCCUACUCCAAAAACCCAUGGGCGGUGGCGCUAUCGGUCUGCAAACCUGGCAGAUAUUCUCCCUGCUGGAAAUCCUCGAUACAAACGGAUUGACGACAAGCAACUGCGCAAUCGGCCCCGUCGUGCUGGGUCUGCUGGGUUCCUUUCAUUUCUUCACAACGGGCCACCAGGCUACCCUGAGCAGCAUCCAGUGGAAAAUCGCAUUUGUGCCGUUGACGACCGUCAAGUAUCCCUGGUCACCACUCAUUAUCACCCUGAAUACCUUUGGUGCGCAGAUCCUCUCCGCCGUCGCAGUGCCGCUGACUGUAUUGUGGAAGCGACCCAUUGACGCCCGCAGCGGUCCUCUCUCACAAUCCUCAUCCACUCAAGCGCGGCUGCAGCCGCAGCCGGCGUCUCCCACAGCUCCCAGACCGUCGCCCAAGAAUGGCAUGAGCCGACUCCUCUCGGACGUUGCGCAGGCUGCCACAACGCACAUCUUGUACUAUGCCACGAUAAACCUGGCGACGACGAUGUGGGUGGGCUUGCUGCGUCGACAUCUAAUGCUGUAUCGGAUUUUCAAUCCGCGGUUUAUGAUGGGGGCGCUGGUGUUGGCGGUUGUGGAUGUGGUUGUAUUGUUCGUUUCGGUGGUCGGGGUGCGGUGGAAUACAGUUAGUGUUGCGGAGGUGUUUGGAUGGAGCUAA